AUGGAGCCUUCCCUGAGGGUAAACCAGUCAUCGAUCCUAAGCGAAAUCGAAGGUAUGCCAGAAGCUCCACGUCAGCGUAUCUCUCAUCACCGUCGAGCUCGCUCCGACACUUUCUUCUCCGGCGAAUCAAUCAACGAUCUCCUCCUAUUCGACCCUUCCGAUGUAGAUUUCUCUUCUCUAGAUUUCCUCAAAGCUCCAACACCGCAACCACAGCCUUCUCCGAUGUCCGACGAUUCUCCUCCCGAAGAAACCUCAUCCAACGGUGCUCCGCCGAUUCCUCUUCCCCCUUGCCGUCACAUUCGAAGCUUCUCAGUUGAUUCGGAUUCCGAUUUCUUCGACGAUCUAACAGCCACUGAGGGUAGUCAACUCUCCCGACCUACAGAGCGGAAAGGUCAUCAUCAUCAUCAUCGGAGUAAUUCGAUGGAUCGAGCUACAAGUUCGGGUUCCUUUAACAUGGAAUCGAUUCUAGCUGCUGUGAAUUGCAAAGACGGUGGUAAGAAGAAUAUGGGUAUGGCGAGUGAUAGACUUGCUGAGCUUGCUUUACUUGAUCCCAAAAGAGCUAAACGGAUUCUGGCAAAUAGACAAUCCGCGGCUAGGUCAAAAGAGAGGAAAAUCAGAUAUACUGGUGAGCUGGAGAGGAAAGUACAGACACUUCAGAAUGAAGCAACUACACUCUCUGCCCAAGUCACCAUAUUGCAGAGAGGAACAUCAGACCUGACCACUGAAAAUAAACACCUCAAGAUGCGGCUGCAAGCCUUGCAGCAACAGGCUGAACUUAGGGAUGCUUUGAAUGAAGCGCUGCGAGCAGAACUGAACCGACUCAAGAUAGACGCUGGAGAAAUUCCGCGAGGGAACGGAAAUUCAUACAACUGUACUCAAUUCUCAUCUCGGCAGUCCACAAUGAAUCAGUUUGGGAGCAACAAGAACCAGCAGAUGAGCACAAACGGGCAGCCAAGCUUCCUCGAUUUCACUAAGAGAGGCUGAGUUCUGAAUGUUGGCUGAGUCACACAAACACACUGUAUUAUUCAUUUGGGCUACAAUAUUGGAGGUAUGUAUUAUGUUUUGUGUUAGCUUUGAUUGUACGUCUAUACGGAUAUGUUCACUGUCAAUAUCGGUCUUUAUGUGUAUAGAGUAGUAACUUAAACUACUGUAUUCUGUAGAAAUCUUUAUAGCAAACAUAUUUACUAUGUUAUUUAGUAUCAGUCCUCUAAAACGCAUAAGGAAACAUUGUUUUAAAACCAUGACUUGUAUUAUUA